CAGGAGGCGGCGGAGGAGAGCUUGCUUCCAUCUCAGCUCUUGCUCGAGCCACUCUCCCCCUCCUCUUCUUCUUCUACUACUUUGGAGUUUUAUCCGAGUCGCCCCAGCGGAGUUUCCCCCUUUUGGGACGGGAGGAUUAAGCCGUGGGUGGUUGGAAGCGCCUGGAUUAGCCGCCCUUGAGGAAAGAGAGGAGCCCAAAGGAUGGCAACGCUGCGCCUCCUGCCCUUGACGCUCGCCUUCGCCCUGGCGCUCCAGAGGGGCUCCGCCUCGGGCGUCUUCCAGCUGGAGCUGCAGGAGUUCGUCAACUUGGCCAGCGGGGAGACCUGCGCCUCCGCCGGAGCAGCCUGCCGCACCUUCUUCCGCGUCUGCCUGAAGCACUUCCAGGCCGUCAUCUCCCCCGGAGGAUGCACCUUCGGCAGCCUGGUCACGCCGGUCCUGGGCACCGGAUCCUUCACCGUCCGGCCCGCCGAGGGGCCCGGCAACCAGCUCCAGCUGCCCUUCAACUUCACCUGGCCGGGAACUUUCUCGUUGAUCAUUGAAGCCUGGCACGCGCCUGAAGGUUACCAUCCAGCAGGUUCCGAAGCCCUGGCCCAGAAAUGGCUGAUCAGCCAAAUGGCGAUCAAGCGCUCGCUGGCGGUGGGCAAGGCCUGGUCCCAGGACGAGCAGAGUAAUGAGCGGGCCAAACUGCGCUACUCCUACCGCGUGGUCUGCAACGAGGACUACUAUGGUGACAACUGCUCCCGCCUUUGCAGGGGCCGCAACGACCACUUCGGCCACUACCUCUGCGAAUCCGACGGCAGCGUGGCUUGCCUGCCCGGCUGGAAGGGGAACUAUUGCACUGAAGCUAUUUGUUUGGCUGGUUGUUCGGAGAAUGGAUUCUGCCAAAGUCCAGGAGAGUGCAUAUGUCGCAAUGGUUGGCGAGGCCGUUAUUGUGACGAAUGCAUUCCUCAUGUGGGUUGUCGUCAUGGAACCUGUACCAAACCGGGGAAGUGCAUUUGCGAUGAAGGAUGGGGAGGCCUCUUCUGUGAUCAAGAUCUGAACUACUGCACACAUCACAGACCCUGCAAAAAUGGAGCCACUUGCACAAAUACUGGCCAGGGGAGUUACACCUGUUCCUGCAAAGAAGGUUUUACUGGCAUUGACUGCGAAAGAAAUAUCAGCGUAUGUGACAGUAACCCCUGCAAGAAUGGAGGCAGCUGCACGGAUUUAGUGAAAGAUUACAAAUGUACAUGUCCCACAGGAUAUGAUGGGGUCAACUGUGAGCACAGUGCCUUGACUUGUGUGGAUUUUCCAUGUUUUAAUGGUGGCACAUGCCUAGAAAGGGAACAAGGAACCAGCUAUGCGUGCGUGUGCCCUGUGGGCUUUACCGGAUCUAACUGUGAGAAGAAAGAAGACAGGUGCACCAACAACCCCUGUGCUAAUGGUGGGCAGUGCUUUGUCUUGGGCCAGCAACAUGUGUGUAUCUGCCGCCCUGGCUUCUCCGGACAGAAGUGUGAGAUAAACGUCAGCAAGUGCUCUAGAAAUCCCUGUUCCAAUGGAGGAUCCUGUCAUGAUCUUUUGAAUACACAUGAUUACACAUGUACUUGUUUGCCAGGCUUCACUGGUCGAAACUGUGACAUAAGAACUAGAGAUGAAUGUGCCUCUGGGCCAUGCCAGAAUGGGGGAACAUGCUAUGUUGGGCGUUUUGCUCCGGGUUUUGCCUGCCACUGUCCCCAUGGCUUCAAUGGCCUCUAUUGUGAAUCAUCAGCAUAUCUUACAGUGACAGACCCACAGCUUCCGAAACCGGUUCCAUGGGUGGCCAUCUCUAUGGGCGUCGGGCUAGUGGCUCUCCUCAUCCUAUGCUGCAUGAUUGCAAUAGUCAUCCGGCAAAUGCAGAGGCAGCCAGAACGUAACUCCGAAACCAUGAACAACUUGACUGACUUCCAGAAAGAAAACCUCAUCCCGACUGCGCAACUUAAAAACACCAAUAAAAAUAAAGACCUCGAAGUAGACUGUGUGCUGGAGAAAUCAAAUUACAAACUGAAGAAUCACACAUUGGAUUAUAACCUGGUGAAGGAGCUGACGAGUAGAGGGGUUCAGGAAGACAAAUACCAUAAAAGUGAAAAGUGUAUAGGAGAGAAAUCACCCUUCUGGUUACACAGUGAAAAGCCAGAAUGUAGAAUAUCCACAAUAUGCUCCCCAAGGGAUUCCAUGUACCAGUCUGUCUUUGUGAUAACAGAAGAGCGAAAUGAGUGUGUUAUAGCCACAGAGGUAUAAAAAUGAAGGCUGCUCUUUUUGCACCUCAGUUUUGGCAGUGCUACAAGGUGGACAUUCCUGCUACAUUGUUUACAAUUCAGAAUUGGAUUGGACCUUUUACUAUUUUUAAUGAUAUGCAAUUUGCUGCUCUCAGGAGGAGGAGAGACGGACGUGGGUGAACUGGACAGACUGUGAAUUUAAAAGAUGCAAUAUACCUUUCGUCUCCUGUUCCUUUAUUUUGAAGCCUAAUAGGAGGAAUGUAACUGCCCUACCAGGACAAGAGAGGAAGAGAGUGUGUCUCUUUCUAGCCUUUGAAAGUACACUGCUGCCAGUUGCUCAUGAACACUUGUGUGACUUUCCAGAACUUCAGUUUGGGAGGUGCCCGUCAAUGCCGAAGGCAUCAUCACAGAGCCUACCAGCAAUACUGUGAGAAGAAUGAAUGAAGAAAUGUGUUUUUCUAUGCAGAAAGUGGAUACAGAAUAAAUGACUUCACCAUUUUUUCUGGAUUUGAAAGUGCCUAAAGCGUGUCUGAGAAUCUAGAGAGCCCAAAUCAAGACAUACCUGCCUCCCCUGCCCCAACGCACAGUACCCAAACAGUAUUGACCAGAAGUGGCAACUGGUCCCUUUUGUUCUUCUCUGUUUUACAUCCCCUUUCCCUUCUGCGUAUUGCUCAGAGACAAUGUCAGGAAAGAUGGGUUUUGAGGGAGGAUUUUAUUGCUUGAGGAGGAUGAUUAUGCUUCGGUGAACUAAGCCGCAAGUUGAAAUCCGUUCCUGUUACUGAGCCACAGAAACAUUUGUGGACUUGAAUGGGAAAGAAGGGGGCUCCUUUCCAUCACAUGAGGAACUUAAUUCCGUGCUCAUUGAAAGCCUUACAAGUGCGUUUAAAAUCAAUCAGCUUUUUGAUGCCUUUUGCACUACUAGUCACCAUGAAGAGAAGGGUGUUUCUUCUACUUCAUAUGCAUAAGGGAGAGACUUGGAUUUUGUAUUAGAUGUCUUAGUCUGGUGCCACCAUAAAUCUCAAAGGGUAAACUGAUAUUUUAUACAGGCAGAGAAGUGUCAUAAGCCCUGCCUUAAUAUCUUCUGUUGAAAAACAAUUAUCACUACCAUUCAGUCCCUUACCCCAAUGUCCAGCAGAACACUAAGCUAUGAAAGGGACUUCUAGAGGGUGGGGAGGGGAAUCUACAAUCUCUUGUCCGUUCCUUCACAGUGCUACACGGAGGGGAUAAACCUUCCAUUUUUGAACCCAAAGGAGCAGCUCUGAACUGGAAAACACAGUGCACACAGACUCUUUUAUACAUUUACAGCAAUAAUAAUAGACAUUUCAGAUAGGAAGUGCUGUGAUGUUUGUAGUGAUAAACAAGUUGAGAAUGUGGCGGAAGCUGAGAGAGGAAGCAAAUUUUCCUUCAAGGAAGCCAGUGUUGUAUUUUCUGUGGAGGAAGAGCAAUGUUCCUGACCUUGUAAAUCCCAGCAAUGGGUUAGUCCACCUACAGCCUUGAAUUGUGCAGGCAAGAUCUUGCUUGGAGUAUUCACUACUGACCUUCUGAUCUGGCAAACGAGACCUUCAUGGAGGCCACCUUCAGAAAUCAAUAAUAUGGUUUAUACUCGUGUCUGUUUGUAGUUUAUUUUGAAGUUUAGUAUUUCAGUAAUUUAAAAAAAAUCAGAAGCACUGAACUUUCUACGUUUUAUAACAUUAUUUUGUAUAUAAUGUAUAUUUAUAAUCAAAGACAGAAGUGUAAAUAUGUUUAUUACUUAUGUAAUGUUUUUAUGUGAUGAGAAAAGUUUUAAUUUUAUUUUUUUUUCAAAUAAUGAAAAUACCUUCCUGCUACUAAAA